ACGCUUUGCGCACGUUAAAGAUUACGGUCUUAUUAUAAGUUAUACCCAUCUCUCUAAUUUCUCUGUUAAUUUUUUUUUUUGGUUUUGUUUCUUUGGUCAUUUUUUGGUCUUUUGAAAGUCUCUUAUUAACAGACAAUCUCAAUAAAUUUACAUUUUUCUUUACAAUAUAAUCUCUAAAUAUUAGGCUCCUCCUUUCUCGAGAUCGAACCCCAUUUCAAGAAUGCCGGUGAAAUAUUGAGGGAGGUUGGCUUCCACGUUUAAAAAAAAAAAAGGAUCAAAUUUUGGUUCCCACCCGUUGUUUAAUUGCGACAUUGCCUGAUUUGGAGGAAUAAGGUUUGAUUUUUCCUUGCUUUCUUUGUUUGGAAAAAGAUUAGGGUUUUAUUGAUCUGAGUUGUUAUAUGUGUGGAAUUUUCAAGGCUUGGGUGAAUCUAGAUUUUGCUAUUUUUUUAUGGGUUUUUUUGUCUGGUUAAGGAGUUUAUUGGAAUUUUUUUGAGUUUGAUGAAGUUUAUUUUGUGGGUUUGCUUGUUGGGUAUUGUAAGAUGAAGAGGGUAAAAUGUGAAAUCCCCACUGGGAGGAGAUUCAAGUUGUCUCAUUUCUUGUUGGGUUUAGGAGGAUUAUACUUAAUCUUCAUAGCUUUUAAGUUUCCAUAUUUUUUGGAGAUAGCAGCAGUUUUGAGUGGAGAGGAUAGCUAUGAUGGAUGGAAUGGGAAAGUGGUUGGGGAUGUUAAUGAUGGAGAUUUGAGUAAACCCUUGGUUAAUUCUGUUUAUAAAGAUAUGUUUCACCGGAAAUUAGAGGAUGAGCUAACCCAGGAUGCACCUAUGAGGCCUACUGAGGAACCUUUAGAGGAAGGGAGAGAUGGAGUACAGCCUAUUAAGCCACUUAAGCAUCUUUAUGGUCGAAUAACAGGUGAGGUUAUGCGGCGAAUGAAUAAAACUAGUGAAUUGUCAGUGCUCGAGAGAAUGGCUGAUGAGGCUUGGACUUUGGGAUUAAAGGCAUGGGAAGAAGUUGAUGAGUUUGAUGGAAAGGAGAUUGGACAGAGUUCUUUGUUUGAUGGGAAGCCCGAGUCAUGUCCUUCAUGGUUAUCUGUCAAUGGAGAAGAUUUGGCAAGUGGAGACAGGCUAAUGUUCCUUCCAUGUGGUCUAAAAGCAGGUUCUUCAAUUACAGUCGUUGGCACUCCUCGAUAUGCUCAUCAGGAGUAUGUACCCCAGCUUGCAAAAACGAGGGGUGGUAAUGGCCUAGUGAUGGUUUCACAGUUUAUGGUUGAAUUGCAAGGAUUGCAAUCUGUGGAUGGGGAAGCUCCACCAAAGAUUUUACAUUUGAAUCCUCGAUUGAAAGGAGAUUGGAGCCGCAAGCCAGUCAUUGAGCAUAACACAUGCUAUAGAAUGCAUUGGGGUACAGCUCAAAGAUGUGAUGGUUUGCCAUCCAAGGACGAUGAAGACAUGCUCGUUGAUGGAUAUCGAAGAUGUGAAAAAUGGAUCCGGAAUGAUGUUGUAGACUCGAAAGAGUCCAAGACAACUUCUUGGUUUGGACGGUUCAUUGGAAGGGCACAGAAACCAGAAGUAACCUGGCCAUUUCCUUUUGCAGAGGGCAGGCUUUUUAUCCUGACUCUGCGUGCUGGUGUUGAUGGAUACCAUAUCAUUGUUGGGGGACGACAUGUGACUUCAUUUGCAUAUCGCACGGGUUUUUCACUUGAAGAUGCAACAGGGCUGGCCAUAAAAGGAGAUGUGGACAUUCAUUCAGUUUAUGCAACCUCUCUUCCCACCUCUCAUCCAAGUUUUUCCCCCCAAAGAGUACUGGAAAUGUCACCAAAAUGGAAAGCUUCUCCCUUGCCUAAGAGAUCAAUUCGACUUUUUAUUGGGAUUCUCUCUGCUACUAAUCACUUUGCAGAACGCAUGGCAGUUAGACAAACUUGGAUGCAAUCUUCAGCCAUCAAGUCUUUAGAUGUAGUGGUCCGUUUCUUUGUUGCACUGAAUCCUAGGAAGGAGGUGAAUGGAGUGCUGAAGAAGGAGGCAGCUUAUUUUGGUGAUAUUGUAAUUUUGCCAUUUAUGGACCGCUAUGAGCUUGUGGUUCUUAAAACUAUUGCAAUUUGUGAAUUUGGGGUGCAGAAUGUGACUGCUGCUUACAUCAUGAAAUGUGACGAUGACACAUUUGUUAGAGUUGACAGUGUCUUGAAACAAAUUGAUCGUAUCUCUCCUAAAAGGUCACUUUAUAUGGGCAAUCUCAACCUUCUGCACCGCCCUUUGAGAAAUGGAAAGUGGGCUGUUACCUAUGAGGAGUGGCCUGAAGAAGUUUAUCCUCCCUAUGCCAAUGGACCUGGAUACAUUAUUUCCAGUGAUAUUGCCAAGUUUAUUGUCUCACAACAUGCCGAUCAAAAAUUAAGGCUUUUCAAGAUGGAGGAUGUGAGUAUGGGAAUGUGGGUCGAACAAUUUAACCAGUCGACGACUGUCCAAUACUCCCAUAGUUGGAAGUUCUGUCAAUACGGAUGCAUGGUAGACUAUUAUACUGCACAUUACCAAUCCCCGAGGCAGAUGAUUUGUCUUUGGGACAAACUUUCGAGAGGUCAGGCACGCUGUUGCAACUUCAGAUGACAACCGUCAACUCCUGUCGUUUGUUAGAAUGACUUUAUGUACGUUACCUUCCUCCGCCCUGUAUUUUCGCCAUGUUCUUCCCAUUUUUGUGCGAUCAAGUGAGCUCCAGAGGGUUUUAAGUGUUGAGUUACAACCUUCUGUUGCCAAGAUACAGAUUGUUCUUUGUUAACAUCCGACAAGUAGGUUCAUUUAGCUUGAAUUGUAUACGCAUUUAUGAUACUCAGGUUGUUGGAACACUUGGUACUAAACCCCCUUUGCCUUUCAAGUUCUUCUCUUGCUUUCAUGUUUUGGUUUCUUUAA